UGCUCGGAGGCCGCUGACCCAGUGCGCUCCGGACGCUCGGCCGGCUGCCGCGCCGACCCCAGCCUCCCCCUCGCCGCCGGCCGCAGGCAUGCCUCUGCCUCCGGGCCCUGCGGGGCCGCUCCUGCUGGGACUGGUGCUCGCCUGCCUGCUCCCGCCCUUCUCCCGGCCUGGCAGCGCCAACAGGACUGAGCCGGCGCCGGAGGCGCGCGGCAGAAGGCAGGCCCCGGCGAGGCGGCCCCGCAGUGUCCAGAUCGCCCCCGAGCCGAUCGACUGCCAGCUGUCUGACUGGUCACCCUGGACCACCUGUGACCCCUGUCAAAAACUACGGUACAGGUCCGCCCGCGUGCUCCGGCCUUCCCAGUUCAACGGCGAGCCCUGCCAGGACCCGGACACCGAGGCCGAGGCCUGCGCCGCCCCCGGACCCUGCCCCAAGCUCAGACCCUGCGAGGGCUUCCUGUGCGAGGAGACAGGGAGAUGCAUCAAGCGGAGGCUGCGCUGUAACGGGGACGACGACUGUGGGGAUGGGUCGGACGAGAGGGGCUGCAGCAAGAUUUACCAGAAAUGUAGCCCGGACCUGGAGCGGUACUGGGCCAUCGGCCGGCUGGCCAGCGGGCUGAACCUGUUCACGAACCAGCUGGAGGGUCCCGUCCUGGACCACGUCCACUUCGCCGGAGCCUGCGCCCCCAACUACGUCCUGGACCGGCGCUUCCGAAAACCCUACAACGUCGAAGGCUACGAGCCCCAAACCAAGGGGAAGUACGAGUUCGUGCUGAAGGAAUACAGCUCGUUCUCCAGCUUCGAACGUGACACCAUGCUUAACCGCUCCGUCCAGUCCAGCUUCGGCUUGGGCUUCAAGAUCUCCAAAGUCUUCGAGUUCGGCUUCAACCACAACAGCAACGACGUGCGCAACUACGUCAGCCGGACCAAACGCUUCUCCAGCUCGGAAAGCCGGUUUAUGUACGCGCGGUCGGAGCUCAGCGUGGCUCAAUACAAGCUGAAGUCGCGGGGCCUGGUGCUGCAUCCCGAUUUCCUGCGGCGGGUCCGGAAGCUGCCCCUGCCCUACGCCUACGGGGACUACCGAGACCUCUUCCGCGACUUCGGGACGCACUUCGUCACCGAGGCCCGGCUGGGCGGCGUCUACGAGUACACCCUCGUGAUGAACGGGCGUGCGCUGGAGGAACUAGGAGUCUCCCUGAGCGACGUGCAGUCGUGCGUGCAAGGAGGGCUCAAGGCGGGAGCGACCGUUAAGGGGGUCUACGUCAGCGUCGGAGUCUCGCAUGGAAAGUGCAAGGCCAUCCUGGACGAUAUCAGAGAGAACACGUCAGAAAGGAAGUUCGUGCAAGAUUUUGUGGUCCUGGUGCGGGGUGGAGGGAGUGAGCACGUCACAGCGUUGGCUCACAAGGAUCUGCCCACGGCCGACCUCAUGCAGGAGUGGGGAGACAGCGUCCAGUACAACCCGGAAAUCAUCCAGCUGCAGGCCGAGCCGCUGUACGAGCUGGUCACCCCGGCCGACUUCGCCUCUGCCAGCACCCUGCGGCAGAACAUGAAGCGGGCCCUGGACGAGUUCCACGAGGAGACCAGCCCCUGCCGCUGUGCCCCUUGCCGGGGGAACGGGAUUCCCAUCCUGAAAGAGACGCGCUGUGAAUGCCUCUGCCCCGCCGGGUUCCGCGGCACGGCCUGCGAGAUCUUCGUCCGGCAAGCCCCCGUGGCGGACGGGCAGUGGAGCUGCUGGUCGAGCUGGUCCGGGUGUUCGGGAGGUCAGCGGCGGAGGAGCCGCACGUGCAGCCACCCUGCCCCGCAGGCCGGGGGCGGGGACUGCCUUGGGCCGUCCGACGAAACGGCCAGGUGCUAGACGCCCACCCCGGGCCCCGGCCCGCCGAGGAUCUCUGCUCCCCUCCGCACGUGCUAGUCCUUCGUUCCCAAUUACCCGGUGUGGGCCAGUACAGCGGUCUGCACCCAAAUCCAUCGUUCUGCCCAUCGCGGGGGCUCUGCAUUCAGUAGGCGCCCGGGACAGGCCUCUGCACAUAGUAGGUGCCCAUUACAGUGCUCUGUUGACAGCCAGCGCCCAGCACGGUCCUCUGCACAGAGUAACUGCUCAAUAAAUGUAGAUAAUGUUGAACUUCCA